AUGUUGGAUAAUAGAAGUAAGGCUUUCCAAUAAAUAAAAUUACAUUAUCUUAUAAUCCUGUUAUCCAAGAAGCUCUAAGAUAAAGAUAACCUAAUUAAAAUCCAAAAGAUUAUAUGUUAUGGUAUUAUACUUCGCUAAUUCAUGUAAUAGACAUAACAUCAACAUCGAUUGAUCCAAUUGCAAAAUAUUUAUGUUGUUGGACAAAUAUAAUAAGUUAAGCAGAAAUAAUUGCAAUAUAAGAGAGAACAAAAUAGAGACAUCCAAAUUUAAUUUGUUUUUUGUUCUUUUAAGAUGUAGGUGAUAAAUAUGCUUAAUCAAAAGAAUUUAAAAUUUAUUAUGAAUAUUUGGCUUUAGAUGUGAAAUAAUUAAUAGAAAAAAGAUAAUAAAAUAAAGAUUAUGUUCCAGAGGAUGAAAUUUGUAAAAUGAUUUCAGGUUUAUCAGAUUCUUUAUUAUUCUUAUAAAACAAAGGAAUAUCUAAUUCUGCUUUGACUCUUGAGUAUAUAUUUUGAUGAGGAAUACUUAUUGAAUAGAGUCUAAGAUGUUAGUCCAUUUAGAGCAAAAGCACCAAAUUUAUUCUAUAAUCAAUUUUAACCACCUGAAAAUGGAAAAAAUUAGAAAUUUAAUAGGUUUAAAUAUGAUGUAUUUGGUCUUGGGUAAUAAUUGAUGUAAUUAAUUUUUAGUAUGAUUAUAUUAUCAUUGGCAUUAUUAAAAGAUUGUGAAGAAUUAUAUAAUUAAGGAAUAUUAUAGGUAGAUAAAUUAGAAGAGAAUCUAUUAAGAAUAGGGAAAUUGUAUCCAGGCAGAGUUGAGAAUGUUUUGAGAUUGAUGGUUGAUUUAGAUAAUGUGAAAAGGCCUGAUUGGAUAGAGUUCUAAUAGAUUUUGAAAUAGAAUAAAGAGAAAUAAAUAAGAUUAUUAGAAUAGUAGUCAAAUAUUAGUUAAUUAAAAACAAUUAGAUUGGAUUAUUAGAAUAGUAGUAGUCUAAUAUUAAUAAGUAAAUAAGUAAUUAGAAAUGUAAAAUAAGUGCCGAUGUUAAUAAUAAUAAUUAAGAAAAUAUAGAAAUAAAGAAUAAUAGUUAGAAGGGAGAUGGUUUAGAUUAAAAACUAAUUAAUUUGA